GACGCGACUUGCAACAGAAACAUGCAAGCCACCACUAUGUUUGCACUUGCUGCCACGGCCAUGCUUGCGCUUGUGGCUUUGGUCGCAGCUGGCGGGAUGGACCCGCGGAACCAGGAGGCGUUUUACGCGUCGAUGAUGCCCGCGUCGCGCGAUACGGGCAAGCCACUGCCAUUGACGCCUGCCGAGGAGGCUAUGGUGGCCAAGGCGUCGCGGAAGGAUGUCAACGGGUGGAUCUAUGUCAACAUCUCGGGCGACCCGUACGAGAUGGGCUUCCAGAACGGAUACACCAUGGCCAAGGAGUGGGCGGCGGCGGUGCAGGCGUACGAGUACAUGACGCUGCAGACGACCGGCAUGACGUAUCAGUUCUUUGUCGACAAGGCCAACGAGAUGCAGGCCCACCUCAUCACCGACGAGUACAUGCAGGAGAUGCAGGGCAUGGCCGACGGCGCCACCAAGGCCGGCGUCCGCGCCACCCUCGCCGACAUUGUCGGGUGGAACGCGUACAUGGGCCUGACCGGCUACUGGUGGCCCACUGUUGUCAGCAAGUAUGCGUCAGCCAAGAACGACGGCGCCCGCUUCUCCACCUCGCACUGCUCGGCCUUUGUGGCCACCGGCUCGGCCACCGCCGACGGCAAGAUCGUCAUCGGGCACGAGACUUUUACCUCGUUCUGGAACGGUGCCUUUAUGAACGUCAUGCUCUCGCUCAAGCCGACCUCGGGCAACGCCAUCCUCAUGCAGACCUCUUAUCUGUACCUCUCGUCCAUGACCGACUUUUGGCUCAACUCGGGCGGCCUCGUCGUGACCGAGACCACCCUCGCUGGCUUCCAGGGCUUUGACACCGCGGGCAUUCCCGAGUUUAUUCGCGUCCGUAAUGCCACUCAGUACGCGUCCACCAUCGACGAGUGGAUCGCCAUCAUGGAGGGCGGGAACAACGGCGGGUACGCCAACUCUUGGCUCCUCGCCGACAUUCACUCGAACGAGAUUGCCGAGUACGAGCAGGGCCUCACCUACACCUACACCAACAAGCUUGCCGACGGCUACAUCUUUGGUGACAACGUCGCCAACUCGCCCGAGAUUCGCAACCUCGAGUGUGCCGACACCGGCUUCUCCGACGUCCGCCAGCAGACCGGUGCCCGCCGCACCCGCUGGCCGCAGCUCCUCAAUGGCCACUACGGCAACAUCUCCGUCGCCGCCGGCCAGUCCAUGCUCGGCGACACCUACGAUGUCUACCUCAAGAAGGAGAACCCCAGCUCGCGCUGCAUCUGCGGCAUGUACGACGUCGACCCGCAGUACUACGUUUCGGACCCCAACGCCGUGUGGAACGUUCCCUUCACCCCUGCCGGCUCGGUCGACGGCAAGGUCACUUCGGCCGACAUGGCCGCCCGAAUGGAGAUGUCCGCCAUCUUUGGCCGCGCCAACGGCGCUCCCUUUGACGCCGAUGCCUUUAUCGCUGACAACCCGCAGUGGGCCUGGCAGAAAUCGGUCCUCACUUCGCGCCCGUCGCAGCCGUGGACCACCUUUGCCGGUGCACAUUAGCAGCAACAGCACCACCACCAACCACUAUCACUAUCACCAUUAUCAUCAUCAUCAUCACCACAUUCUUCCCCUUCACUUUGUUUAAACACUCUUGUCACACA